AGCAGGAAACUCUGCAUCUCCUAUCCAGCCAUCCACCCUCCCCACAGAGUCGAUAAUCAAGAGAGCGGGAGAAUGGAAGGCGCGACCCAGCUUGUGUCCAUCGUCGGGCAGCUGGUGGGUAAGGAGUACCGGCAGCUCCGCGGCGUGAGUGCCCAGGUGGCUGAGCUGAGCGACGAGCUGGAAACCAUGAAAGCCAUCCUCCGCAUGCUGUCCGAAGCAGAAGAGGACGCCGUGGACCACUUCAUCCGGGUGUGGAUGAAGCAGGUGCGCGAGCUCGCCUACGACGCCGAGGACUGCGUGCACCUCUACAUCUUCCGCAUCCGAUGCCGGUCCAGAGACCGCUUCCUCGUGUGGUCCAAACGCAUGCUGGGUACGCUUUCUUCUCGCCGCCAGCUUGCUCGAGAGAUCAAGGCACUCCGCGCCCGUGCUGUCGUGAUCAGCGAGCGCCAGGAACGCUACGGGCUCAGCCGUGAGGUGCUGAGGCGCUCUACUUCUCCUUCCGCUUCAGCGCCGCUGCUCGGCCAUGCGCUCAGGCCGGUACCAAACGACCCUGACCAUCUAGUCGGCAUCACGGAGCAGGCUACCAGACUGGCCGCCAUGGUGAAGGCGGUGAGUGACAAUGACAUGACGCUCAAGGUUUUUUCCGUCGUGGGAUUCGGGGGGCUCGGGAAGACUACGCUGGCGAUGGAGGUGUGCCGGCAGUUGGAGGCCGACUUCCAAGGCCAAGCUCAAGUGUCUGUGUCCCAGGCGUUCCGCGACACGAAAGAUUUGGAGGGAUUACUGAAGCGCAUACUUCUUCAAAUCGUCAAGCCACGAAAGAUAGGCAUCAACGACGACGAUGAACAAGAUCCACUGGAUGGCAUCGACAUCAUGCGUGUAGACAAGCUUACCGACAAGCUCGAGGAGGUUCUCGAGGACAUGAGCCAGAGAGAACCAUCCCCGACGAUAACGCCAGCCCAUCAGAAAUUGGCCGUUCUGUUCGCCCUGGUUGAGCGAUCGGCGAUUGCUCUACCCGCCGUCGCCAACUUGACGUGGCCGACCGGCUCCGCCGUCGUUGAACUCGCCGCCGCAUCCCUGUUUCCCAACGCGCUCCCGCCACCACCCUCCGUGGGUGCUUGA